CCAGCGAAGUUCACUUUUGCACACUUUUUUUUUCCCAACCCUGUCCCGAAACAAAGUUUUACAGCCAUGAAGUCGAGGGCUGGAAACUGACGGGAAAAGUAAGAAGUUUUGGCGAUUAGAGAGGGUUGCCUGAACAUUAAUUCAGUAAAUCUGAAUUAUAAACUGUGACUGUACUGUUUUUAAAAGGGUUCGGGUUCCUAACAGAAGUAAAACUUUUAUUCUGAAGUUUCAAAACUUCAGGGAAUCCUACGGUCCUAACCGGAAAGUUGUGCAUUCUGAAUUUUCGAGGACUCUUUUGGGGGUUGAAAAGUGCUUCCUUCAAAUUUUAAGACUCGGACCAUAGUUGGAUAUUUUUACGUGUGGAUUUACCAGUUAAGAAGUGCGCUUACAACUUCAAAAUGAAUCCAAACAACCUUCCUCCUCCAGGACAGCAAGUGAUUCAUGUCACCCAGGACCUUGAUACAGAUUUGGAGGCUCUUUUUAACUCUGUAAUGAACCCGAAACCGAGCUCUUGGAGGAAGAAAAUUCUGCCGGAGUCGUUCUUUACGGAGCCUGACUCUGGGUCUCACUCCAGGCAGUCGAGCACGGACUCGGGAAGUCAGCCCCCCCGGCCGGCUCCUCAACACGGCCGCUCCUUCUCGUCGCCCGCCACCAUGCAGAUCGGUACUAGUGGCGGUGGCAGCGGAACCGGCAGCAGUAGUGGCACCCCGAGCCCAGCUCAGGCACACGUUCACCCUCGACAGAAGUCGUACGACGUGACCGACGAACUCCCCCUGCCCCCUGGCUGGGAGAUGGCGUUCACCCGCACAGGCGAGAGGUAUUUUUUAAACCAUAUAGAAAAGAUCACAACAUGGCAGGAUCCACGGAAGAGCGUGAAUCAGUCACUGACCUCAAUCACUCAGCAUCAGCCCGUAACCUCGACUCCAAUGCAACAGCAGGCGAGAUCUCUGGCUCUCUCCCAGCCGAACCUUGGACAGUUGCCCGAAGGUUGGGAACAAGCAAUGACACCUCAGGGAGAAAUAUACUUCAUUGAUCACAAAAACAAGAAAACAUCCUGGCUUGACCCAAGGUUGGAUACAUCUGCCAUGAUGACCCAACAGCAGCAGCAGAUUGCCUCUAAUUCCAGCCUGACGCAACAAAGCCAUGGGACACAACAGAACCACGCAGCACAGACACCUGCGACAGUGAUGCUGACUUUGCCAACCACACUUACUCCCCAGCAGCAACAGCAGCAGCAGCAGAAACUGCGGCUUCAGCGCAUCCAGAUGGAGAGAGAGCGAAUUCGAAUGCAGCAAGAAGAACUGUUGAGACAGGGAAGAAAACCAUCCAAAAGUGGCAGCACAAUGCAGUGGCUCCCAGUGGAGGAGAAGGAGGCGGCACUUUGCAGACAGAUUCCGAUGGAGUCAGACACCAUUGUCCCAGUUCAGCCUGUGGUAACCACACCAUCUGUGACACAGGAUAUCAGGCCCGUCUCUAGUCAAAACUCUGAUCCUUUCCUGAACAGUGGUCCUUACCACUCCAGAGAACAAAGCACAGAUAGUGGCUUAGGACUCGGGUGCUACAGCAUUCCAACAACACCUGAAGAUUUUCUCGGCAAUGUUGAUGAAAUGGAUACAGGUGAACCUCUGGCACAGAAUAACAUUUGCAUAAAUCCACAAAGUCGUUUCUCUGAUAUCAUCGACUCGCUGCCAGGCACCAAUGUAGACCUUGGUACUCUUGAGUCAGAAGACUUGAUCCCAAUUUUAAAUGAUGUGGAGUCUGUGCUGAACAAGGAGGAGCCCUUCCUCACCUGGCUGUAGUGGCCACCACCAUCACCAUCAUCAUUCCCUGGACUUAGACGGUUCAGUGCUUUGAACAAACUGCUUUCUCUCUCCUAUUUGGACUAGUGGUAGAAAAAAAAAACUGCGGAGCACCCGAAAUGUCACCUAAGCAAUUCACUAUCUUGAUUCUGAAGCUGUCUUAUUUUUUCUUUACAUCUUUUGGUGGUGUCUAUCGUAGCAGUCCAGCGGCUCUGUACCAAUUUUAUGUGUGUAAGCAACUUGAAAACAACUUACAUGCAAAGUCGACAUCAGGCCUGGGUAGCCUAUGGCUUUUGCUUUACUUUUAUUCUAAUGAUAAACAAGUGACAAAAUGUGUGACUAUGAACUAUGUAAUGCAACCCACAUCUUUGGUGCAUGAAUUACAGGGCUGCCUGUUUUGGAGAACUGACAUGACUGUAAUGCAAAAUGGUGUUUGGAAUCCAUAUUGCUAAAAAUGGGUCCAAAUGCAGUUUUAUUAUGUUUUACUUAUUUAACGUGAGCUUUAAAAAUCAGUGUAUUAUCAGUGAAGGUAUUUGGUUUGCUAAGUAGUAUUUUUAGCAUAAUGGCUUUUUAUGGCCAUUUGCACUGGUCCAGACAGUACUAAAUGUAGUUAAUUAUUCCAGUAUAUUACUGUAUAGACUCCAGACAAUGAAUAGUGCCACAUUGCGCCUGAAUUACAGAGUAGCAAAUUCUAAUUUUAUAUAACUUAGUUUUUACACUACAAUGUUUUGUUGUAAAAUAUACAGGAUUGGUACUAACUAUAUCUUUUUUAAUAUGAUAGAAUGAUUUUUUUAAACAUUUUAUUAAGGCUUCAUUUUUGAAUGUUUAUAAUACAGAUUAGUAAGAACUUGCUAGUAGAAGAACAAAUAUUUUUUGAGGAAAAAUUGGUGUUUUGUAUAUUCAGCUGUAAAACAAAUGGCAAAGUAGACUUUUUUGUUAAAGGAAAUGAUGAAAGAAGUUAUAACUAGCAAGCUGGAAGAUGAGACCGAAGAAACGUGUGUUUGAACGCCUGCAUACGAUCAAAUAGGCAAAGGGCAUGGCUAUACAUAAGGUGGCAUUUGAGCUGAUUGUGCUUUGAAGUGCAGAUAGAGGACUUCUCAACUCAUCUGUGUAGCUUGCCUUCAGUGUUUUCCAGUCUGACUUAUAGUCAUGUCAUUUGAUCCCUGAUGUCAUCAGUAGAAGAAUGGCUACUCCGUGUUUUCUCUCAAGAUACAAGUACAAAACAUCAUAUUGGGUAGUUUGGGAUUGAGGCUGCAUUCAAGACCAUUUUCAGUUGUAGGCUGUCUGAAAUGCAAAUGAAAUCCCAGACCAUUUUUUAUAUAGAGUAUUAAAACCAUGCUUAAUUUUUAUUUACUAUGUUUAGGUAUGUUGAUUGCAAGCUUUAUUUGGUGAUUUUUUUUUUUCAGCACAGUUUUAUUCACCCACAGGAUGGAUGAUGCAUUGCCUGCUUUGCCCACCAUGUGCACAUUUGCCUGGUGUACUGUAGUCGUACGACUGGAUAGCAAUACAGCUGUUAGUGUAUAGAAUGUUGUCAAAAACAGGGGGGAACAGUGAAGUAGUCAAAAAAAAAAAAAAGUACCUGAUUGGAUAGCCACAACAGAUGGAGUAUGUGGGAUGAUUCUUGAAUGAGACAAACUUGUUUUCUUAAGUUCUGGGCGUGUGCUUAAAAAUAAGCACAUCUUAUUAAACGAUAGGACUGUGUAUGGUGUGAAAGUGAGAGACAUGUGACUCGUGAUGGCAGGUAGGGUAGAGAAGAGGAACGAUGGCAACAUUUCCACAUUUGUACAGCAGUUGUAAAACGUAUGCAGUAUUGAAAGGGCGGUAGGAACAUCUUUUUUAUAUGCAGUAGUCUUCCAUCUAAAACUUGCAUGUAAGUUACAGCAUGCAUUAUAUGCUUCCUUGUUCAUUGUGACAUAGAUGCCAUAUCUCCGUGAAAAAUGUAAUAUGAGAUUGUUUCAGAGAUGAGAGAAGGAUGAGAGGAGCAUGGAAUUGAGGCAGUUGGGGCUUAAAUGAGGAACCCUUGGGGUUUAGUGGUGUGCAUUUCCAAAAGUUACUACAUACAGAUUUAGUUUACAUUUGCAUACACUACAAUGAUAAGAUAUAAUUUGAUAAUUUUCUGCAUUACCUCAAUGGUUAGAAGUGUGAAAUUUUAGAGCGCAGGAGUACAGAGAUGCCAGAUCUUUAUUAAAGUAAGGAGAAGGCGUCAGAUGUUUCUUGGACAUGUCUAACUGCAGCUGUAGGGAACCCCCUAAAAUACAUUCUGAAGAAGUGGCUUUUAAGUGGUGAAAAAUGUUACCUGUGAAUUUGAAUCACAUCUUUGAGGAAACUAUGCUUCCUAAGUAUGUGAAACAUGUUGAUAAAAUCCUCAAAAUUAGCAUCUCAGAUGGCCAAUAUCAGCUAAUGGAUAUCACUUAGAACUACUGUUUUACAGAACAAGUAAGGGAAAUUAUCCUGUGUCUUCAGGUGUUUGGAAAACAUGUAACAAGUUGAAAUUUUGAAGCUUUCCUUUUGUUCUCCACUUAAGUUAGAUGCCAGGCGCAUUACUAGACCAUGCAAGUGUAGGUUAUUAUUAAUGGGCCCUUUGUAACCUUUUACUGAAAAACCGGUACAAACAGCUGGGAACUCCUUUACUGUUCAUGUAAUCUGUUGAAGAGAAACAAGUUUGUAAUUACCUACCUUUGUCUUGAGACCUGCUAUACGAGUCUGGCAGGAGACUCCUACCUUUCAACAAAAUAUAAUGUGACUUCAGGAGUGACAUUUUGCCAGUCACAGCACAUGGAAAAUGCAGUUUGUGGAAUCAUUCUGCUUGCACAUCUGCAUUGCAUGGUUCUAUUUGUUAAUAUUUUUCUCCCUUUGUAGGAUUUUCCUUUUUCCCCUACAUCUCUGCAACUGUCAAGGGCUUGGUGCGCAGGGCCUGACUUAUCCUGCUUUACUGUCAGUGAGUUAUGAAUCAGCUAAUUAUAAUGGUUCUGUAUGGCAGUGAUAUAGAUAAGAGCACACAUUAUUUUACGUUUGCAAGGGGAACAUGGGAGUGCCUGGCAAAUCAAGGUACAACUGGAUUAAAGUAACAGUUGUUGAAAGUUACUUCUAGAAGAUUAACUUCAUACUUAAACUGAUGGCCACCUUCUCCUUUGAUGCCAGGAGAGUGAAAUGUUGCCUUAGCUGAAGCCAUUUCAUUGGCUUGCUGACAAACUGUUGUGCCCAAUUAAGAAGUUUCAAGUGCUGAAAUUUUUUCCCAUCGAACUGGGCAGCAGGAAUAUUUGUACCCAUGAUUGUAAAAGGUAUAAAGAUUUGUCAAAAGUAAUGCAGAAUUUCAUAUACACUUUUAGAUGCUGAAAGUUAAUUAUGCAGUCAUAUGAUUUAAAAGAAAAAAUGGAAAUUGUCCUGUGUGGGAGCAUGCAAUCAUUAACAUACAAAUAUAUGAUCGUGUAAUGAGGUAUGCAUUUAUUGGCAAUUUCAAAUAUUCAUUUUAGCCCUGAAGUGCUUUUCAUGACUUGGAGACCAGGUAUUUAUUUGCCCAUGAAAGCUUAAAUCAGUGAUAUGUAUUCUCAUCUCUCAUGUAUAGUGAAUGAAAAGUACCCCCUUGCUCUAAACAUACUAAAUUUUAAUGCAAGACACACUAUUGUGUAUGAAGCUGUUUUCUAGUUGAUUACCAAUGCAGUACACAAGCUUGUGUCACUUGAAUGGUGCAAGAUUUGAUAUUAAGUGUAUUUUCUGCAGUAGUACAUUAUUAGUCCAGCUCUGCAUUUCUGAUUGUUUUCUUAUAUAUGCAUGAGGAAUGCUACAUACAGCAUUGUAUAGAAAACACUACAGUCCUCUUUGGGAUUUUUAAUGUAUUUUAGUAGACCAUUUCGAGCAUAUACAAGUUGUUGGCAUGAGCCAUGCUGAGUUACAUUUUAUUCCACUCCACCACUAUUGAAGUAACCAGUUCUAAUGUCACAAACAAUGAUAUUAAAUAUAAUUCUGUAUAAUCAAAUGUCUGUAAAAACACUACAAAAUGUAUGGUUUAGUCCUAAAGUGUUUACUAGACCAGCACAAAAGACUGAAAAACUUAAAACAAUAAUCUUGACAUAUUGUAAAAUUAAGUAGUCAAGGAUCUGUCCUCUAAUAACAUCAGUCUGAGGUUAAAUUGAGCAAGAAUUGACUGGAAUAUAUUUAUGCCUCAUUUGACUCCUUUGUACUUAACAGUAUUGUUGGAGAUUUCCAUAUGCUUUAUGGUGGCUGUUCUCUUCCUACUAGAUGAGCACAGUUCACUUUCUAAACAUUUUAAUUUCUUUCUUUGACUUGGUUAAUCCAUGACAUACCCUAGAGUGGAUUGUAGUCUGUCAAGGUUUCAACAACUGCUGGAAAAUGGAAUGUUUGUUUUUAAAUAAGUGUAUACUGCAUAGCACUAAAGUAGCACGACACAUUUUAAUAUGUUAGGGUCUCAAAAUUUUGGUAGGCAUUAAGAGUGCAGCAUUUGUGAGAUUUUUAAAAUGAUGUAGUUUCAUGUAUUCAGAAUAAUUUCACUUAGCCACCCAUGUUAUUAUGCCAUUUGUAAUAUUUUUUAAAACACUAAGUGCAUUAGCACCAGUUUACUGAACUAUUGAUUUUCUUGUUUGACUGUAGUUUUUGUCAGUCAAUGCUGGUUAAGCUUGUUUACAUAGUGAUGUACUACAGUAACACUUUUGUGGAGUAAUCAUUAGAGAAUGAUGCUCCAGAUGUUUAACUUUCUCAUAAUACACUACAAUGGUUUCUGUCUCAGAGUUUUGGAUUUGUUUUCUAUUAUGAUUUUUAUAAUUAAUUAAAAUGUUUUUUUUUCCUGCAUAUGCAAGCAGAUCAAAUACAAGUUACUAUACAUUCAGUUUGGUACUGUUUGAUUUGUUAUUUUACAAGGUAAAAAAAAAAAAAAACAAUAAAUGGAACUACAAACUCUU